GCGUUACCCAUUCCAGUCAGCUGACGGCGAUAUGCGACCUUCAGAUUGUGACGUCAUACCUAGUGGACCAAACGACACCGGAAGCUGUUUCACCAACACGGAUACUGACUCAUUCAAGCACCUCUUUAGCCUGGUAGCCAACAUACAACCGAAAGCAUUAAAGCUCUUUAGACCAUUUUUUGUGUAAAUUGAUCUCGGUGUUUUUAACACACCGAUCUACUAUUUAACUUAAACGUAACUUGUUCAAUUUACAAAUGUGUUGAUUAUACUUAACCUAAGCUAAUCGUCAAUGCUAGCUAGCUAGCCCACCAUGAGCUCUCCAAGCUACUCUCCUCCUGCUAAAGAAGAGGUCUGCUGGACGGAGAAAGAGGGUCUGGGGCUGAACAUUGUCGUGAAAGAAGAGGGGGAGGAUGUUUCAGUAAAAGGAGAGGAAGAAGCGUUCAGAAUGAAAGAGGAGGAAGAGGAGGCUAUCAGUAUCACAUUGAAAGAAGAGGAAGAACCUUUUGGAGUGGAAGAGGAGGCUAUCCCAAUAAAAGAGGAGGAAGACGCUUGGAGAGAUGAAGAGGAGACUGAAGAUCUGAUUAACACCAGAGAGAGACCAAACUCUCAUGAUGACAGCGGGAAGAGUCCUUCAGGGAAACCAGACCCGGCGACACCCAAACCAACGAGACGACAUCAGUGCUCCCACUGUGGAAAGAGUUUUCCCUGGUUAAAGGCCCUGAAGCAGCAUAAGAAAAAACACUCUGGAGAGAAGCCUUAUCGCUGUUCUCAAUGUGGAAUGACUUUUACCUGGGCAGGAAGCCUAUGGGGGCAUAAGAGAAUACACUCCGGAGAGAAGCCUUACCACUGCUCCCACUGUGGAAAGAGUUUUAGGAAGUUAGGUGACCUGAAGGCGCAUGAGAGGACGCACACAGGAGAAAAGCCCUACCAAUGCUCCCAGUGUGGAAAUAGUUUUAGCAAGCUAGGGAACCUAAAACAGCAUAAAAGAACACACACAGGAGAAAAGCCCUACCAAUGCUCCCAGUGUGGAAAGAGUUUUAGCCAUUCAGGGAGCCUUAAAGACCACGAGAGGAGACACAGACAAGAAAAACCCUACCAAUGCUCCCUGUGUGGAAAGAGUUUUAUCAAGUUAGGGGCCCUGAAUCGGCAUGAGAGGACACACACUGGAGGGGAUAAAACGUACCACUGCUCCCUGUGUGAAAAGAGUUUUAACCGAUUAAGACAUCUGAAUAAGCAUGAAAGAAUACAUACACAGGAAGAGAAGACAUACCACUGCUCUCAGUGUGGAAAGACAUUUUCCCAGUCAGAGGACCUGAAAUCACAUGAGAGAAUAGAGAGACUGUGUUCUGACUUAAGUUUUUGACUGAGAAUUAGUGUUUUUGUUUCAUGCCACAUUAAAUCAUAUUGUUUAUGAUUUAACCUGUCUAUAUAAUACAUAACUGUACUAUAACACACACAGGAGAGAGAACCUUCCACUGUUCUCAUUUGCUUUUGACUGAGAAUUAAGUGUUUUUUUGUUUUUUAUAACCCACUGAUGGGUUUAGAUUUUUAAACUUUAAAUAUUGUUAAUCAUCCGUUUUACGAGAGACAUAAGGGGUGCCAUAGUCUGGUUUCUACAACAGAAGUUAAUGGUUAUGAGGAAUGUAUAUAUGGUGGGUUCAGUUAAGCUUGUAAUGUGUUGAGUGAAGGGAGGACGAUCACAUGCUGGUGGAGAGAUGUGGAUUAGUGAGGAAGGGAGCCGAGGUCAGGUCACAUGCUGGUGGAGAGAUGUGGAUUAGUGAGGAAGGGAGCCGAGGUCAGGUCACAUGCUGGUGGAGAAAUGUGGAUUAGUGAGGAAGGGAGCCGAGGUCAGGUCACAUGCUGGUGGAGAGAUGUGGAUUAGUGAGGAAGGGAGCCGAGCGUCAGGUCACAUGCUGGUGGAGAGAUGUGAGGAAGGGAGCCGAGGUCAGGUCACAUGCUGGUGGAGAGAUGUGGAUUAGUGAGGAAGGGAGCCGAGGUCAGGUCACAUGCUGGUGGAGAGAUGUGGAUUAGUGAGGAAGGGAGCCGAGGUCAGGUCACAUGCUGGUGGAGAGAUGUGGAUUAGUGAGGAAGGGAGCCGAGGUCAGGUCACAUGCUGGUGGAGAAAUGUGGAUUAGUGAGGAAGGGAGCCGAGGUCAGGUCACAUGCUGGUGGAGAGAUGUGGAUUAGUGAGGAAGGGAGCCGAGGUCAGGUCACAUGCUGGUGGAGAGAUGUGUGGAUUAGUGAGGAAGGGAGCCGAGGUCAGGUCACAUGCUGGUGGAGAGAUGUGGAUUAUUGAGGAAGGGAGCCGAGGUCACAUGAAGGGAGAAGGAACAGUUUAUCGCCCGCAUCACUUAACUUCCUGCCUAGCAACAAAGAUGUCAUGUCUAGAGAGAAGGACGAGACUCCACCCAGAUUGGGGUAUAUAUAUACAUAUAUACAUAUACAUAUAUAUACAUACUUAUAUAUAUACAUAUAUAUACAUAUACACAUACAUACAUACAUACACACAUACAUACAUACACACAUACAUACAUACAUACAUACACACAUACAUACAUACACUACCACUGGUGGAAGUAUGUCUUUGUCUGUUCAGCCGUUCGAUCCUGAAUAAAGUUGGUUGCCGCUUUUAUUGUGUCCGUCGAUUUCU